AUGGCGCCUCCUGGUUUUCUGAUCACUGUUUCAGAGCACCUGGCUUGGUCUGAUUCAACGGCUGGGGUAAUUAAUCAGCCCUGGAGGAUUGAGCACCCCAAAACCCUCUAUGCCUGGGAGGGGGCGUGCGUGUGGAUUCCGUGCCGGUACACGAUCCCUGAGUACAAGCUGACCCUGGAGUACCUGUCCCUGCUGCAAGAUUACGAUUACCACAAGCUCGCCCAGGACUUCAACGGGACUGUCCUCUACAAAAACAUGGAGGUUGGGGUGUUCCCCCCACAGCAGGGGAGGACCCAGUUCCUGGGAGACAAAUCUAAAAACUGCACCCUGCGUCUCAACCCCGUGACGGUACAAGACAGCGGCAAGCUGGGGCUGAGGCUGAGGUCCGGGAAGGAACAGAAAUGGAUGGAGCCAAUUUAUCUCAACGUGUCCAAGACGCCUCUCCCACCUCGGAUCCAGCUCCCCAAGGAAAUCCGGGAGUCGCAGACCCUCGUGGUGACCUGCCAGCUGGAAUUCGCCUGCCUGGGGUACCCCAUUCAGCUGCAGUGGUCGCAGGAGGGCGACGCUCGCACCUCCGUUUCCCUCUCCACCGAGUCCGUCUAUACCCGCAGCGAUCUCACCUUCCAGGCCCAGUGGACUGACCACGGGAAGAUGCUGACCUGCCAGGUCAAGAACUCCUCUGCCGUCCUCUCUGAGGGCUCCGUGCAGCUGAGUGUGAAGCAUACCCCAAAAGUGAACAUUGCGGUCAGCCCCAGUGACGCCACAGUGAAGGAGGGAGAGACGGUGACCAUGACAUGCUGGGUGACCAGCAGCUAUCCCCAGUACACGACCCUGUCAUGGCGGAAGGACGGGACACCCCUGGGGGGAAAGGACACCCUCAAUCUGGUCCUGCCCUCAGUCACCAGGGCCAUGGGCGGGAAGUACCAGUGUGGCGCCACCAACGGUGUGGGCCUGGGGCUGUCGGAAGAGCUGGCCCUCCAUGUGCUGUAUGCUCCAGAACCUUCCACGGUGCACAUCCACCCGUCGCCGGCUAAGGAGAACACGUCGGUGGAGCUGGUGUGCGUGGCCCCGGCCAAUCCUCCGGCGAGGAAUUUCAGCUGGUUCCUGGACGGGGCGGCCCUGGCCGGGGAAGCGGGGGAGAAGGUCUACAUCCCCCGUGUCCUCCUCCGCCACGCCGGCUCCUACACCUGCCUGGCGGGCAAUAGCCUUGGCACUGGGCCGAUGGGGCCCCCCGCCCGGCUGGAUGUGCAGUAUGCUCCCAAGAUGGUGGAAGCCGUGAUUGAGACCUCUGCCGCCAUCCGGGAAGGCGACCCUGUGACCCUGUCCUGCCACUACAACUCCAGCAAUCCCCAAGUCACGCGCUUCGAGUGGCACCCCCGCGGGCCCUGGCUGGAGCCCACUCCAGGGGUGCUGACCAUUCCCAGGGUGGCCUGGGACGCCGGCCCCGUGGCCUGUGCGGCGUGUAACCAGUGGUGCUCCUGGGGGACCCCUGUCAGCCUGGACGUCCAGUAUGCCCCGCGCGGCGUGCAGGUGCAGCAGAGACCCCCGGGGGAGCUGCACGAGGGCCGGCACGUGGUCCUGCACUGCACCAUGUCGGGGGCCCGGCCCGCGGCCACACGCGUGCAGUGGAUGAGGAACGGCAGCAGCGUGGCCGAGGGGCCAGAGCUGGUCCUGGCCGCCAUCACCCCCGAGGACGCGGGCACCUACAGCUGCGAGGCCAGCAACGCCGUGGGCAGCACAGCGUCCCUGGCCCGCGCCGUCCAGGUUCUGUAUGCCCCACGGAAGCUGCGCGUGUCGAUCAGCCCCCCGGGCGGCGUGAUGGAGGGCAGGAAGGUCUUUCUGACAUGCGAGGGCGAUGCCAACCCCCCGGUGUGGCAGUUCGCCUGGUUCCACGGCGACGGCCAGGACCUCCAGUUCUCGGGCCCGACGCUCAGACUGGAGCCCGCCCAGGUGCAGCACUCGGGGCCCUACUGGUGCCAGGGCGCCAACCGGCUGGGCAGCGGCCGCUCGGCCCCCCAGACCCUCACCGUCUACUAUAGCCCGGAGACCAUCGGCAGGCGAACAGCCGUGGGAAUCGGGUGCUGCAUGGCCCUCGUCAUCGUGGCCAUCUGGGGGAUAAAGCUUCGUCACAAAUGGAGAAGGAGCCAGAGCCGGCAAGGCCUUCAGGAAAGUUCCAGCAGUCAAAACUUCUUUGUGAGAAAUACAAAGGUGCGGCGGGCCCUCCGCUCAGAAGGCCCCCUCUCCACCGGCUGUUUGAACCCCAUGAUGGACGACACUGUCAGCUACGCUGUCCUGCAGUUUCCUGAGACCGACACAUCGAGACAGGGGGACCCGGGCACCGCGGACACGGAGGGCGGGGAUGAGGCGGUCACGUAUUCUGUGCUUCAGAGGCCUCCGGCGGGUGACUACGAGAACGUGGCGGGGGGCGCCGAGGAGGACGGGGUGCACUACUCGGAGCUGGUGCUGUUCAGGGCCGGCGAGCGGCCGCCGCGGCCGGCGGAGGAGGAGGUGGACUACGUGACCAUCGCCCAGCGCUGACCCGCCGCGGCC